AUGGAUUUACUGCACCUUUUGUUGUUCAUACUUGUUUGGAGCAGGCCGAGUUUAAUUGGUGUUAGAGCUUCCCUACUAUCUUCGUCAGUAUAUUCAAGCAGCAUUAGAUCUAAUUUAGAAGUUGUUAAUCCUUGGACAGUUGGAACAUUUAUUCGUCUACGAUUAGAGAAGUGGUCACCUUUAUUUGAUAAUGAUAGUGAUGAAGUUAUGUUUAAGGAUACUUUAAAGUUAUGUAUUAAUAGAGGACUAAGUUUUCCACAACCUAUUUUUCAUAUUAGGAUUUUAGAAUAUGAAAGAUCAUUUGGACUAAUUGGCUUUCUUAUUGAAUUUCCUAAGAGUGAAGCUACUAGUGGGAUUAAUAGGGUGAGUAUAUAUAACUUUUUAAUGCAGUGUAGAAAAGAUAAAUUUGAAGGAGAGGCUCAUAUAGCUUUACCUUCACUGCUAAGAAAUGUUGUACAAAUGCCAGCUAUGAUAGAAACUGAAGAUAGUGAAAAUUACACAUUGGUUAUGACUUUGACAAUAGUGUUUCUCGCUGUAACAACGUCCUUGUCAGUUAUUAGUAUAGUACUAUUUGUCAUUUUAUCAACUAGAAAGAAUACAUAUAUCCACAACUGUUGUAAGAAGGAAAAUACAGAAGAUGUAAACUUUAAAAAAAAUGAGAAUGCUCCCUCUAUUAGUUCUAAAACUACGAAUUUAUCAAUGUCAAAUGACGGUGCAUUAUCUAUAACACUUAGUCCACCAACAACAAUAACAGAAUUGAGUCCCUCAAUGAGUACCCCCACAAAUCAGCGCAGUAGCCCUUCUAUGAGGAAAGUGAUAAAUUUUUGCGAUUAG